AUGGCACCGCUCAGCAACAUCGAUGGCGAAGUUCUGGCUAUGAGCAAGCGGUGGCCUGAGCCAGCUACGACCCGCACUUCACCACCCACGCGAGCCAGUAUGACUCUUGAAGGAGGAUUCCUAGAAGCAUGGGCACAGGGAUAUAACGUGGGCAGCUUCAUAAUUCUCAUAUUAAUUGUCCUCUGUAACUACCGAUCUGGAAUCUUGCUCCAUAAACUCAUUCUACUCGAGCUUCUCCUCGCAAUCUGGCACGGGACCUUUAUCUUCUUCGAGGACCCGCACUACGGAUGGUACUUAUCGUCAACCGCCACGCUCCUCUUCAUCUCCUAUUUCCUGCACAAUGUCGUCGCCUGGCUCAAAAUCCGGCCUUUUCUGCCCCUUUGGGGCUCUCGCUUCUUCAUCAUCUCGCUCCUCUGCGUGCAGCCCUUCUGGAUCGUUGAAGCUUGGUCCAACUUUGCCUACUUUAACCAACUCGCCAUAGGAUCCAGGGUCAACCUCCGCACACGGCCUUGGGAAGCCCUUGUCCGCGACCCCUGGUGGAUCUUUACAACCUGGAAAUUGAUCAACGCCAUUAAAAAGACAUAUACGUUUAGCUUGUGGACGCUGAUCAGAAUCAACCGCCGCUUCAGCGUAAUGCUAGCCUGCAUGAUCCUCUCCAUCAUCUUCGUCCUCACCGACGCUGCCAUCAGCGCAGCGAAACUAUCAGCAAGCAGCGGCAUAAAUCCCUACUGGCGCUUCGCCCUCGUUUUCAAGUGCGCCUCGGACACCAUUUUCCUGGACGAUUUCAAAUCCAUGCUUGACGACAUCAUCGCACAGAAAUUUAAUUCCACAGUAGAUACUACUGCGCCACGCCGCUCCGUGUCACAAACUGGUCGUGUUGCGAAUAAGCGCUCGCGAUCCAUGUCGCGGGAGGAAGCUAUGGAAUCGAAUAUGCUAGAAAGAUUGCGUACGCCAUCGGUUAGUACGCGGGAUAGCCAGACGAGAACUUCGAGGCCGAGAUUCGGAUCAUUUUUUUCGUCGAAAUCGAACCGAAUGGAGAGAGAGAUAUCGUCAUCGAGCCAAAGGGCAAGAGAGACGCCGUCGAUUCAUUUGUAUCCGCCAGAAGCGAGCGAGGCCUCGUAUUCGAGACAUCCCAGCUAUGAUAGCCAGGGUCAUGUCGAAUUGACGAGACCGGUGCAUGCGUUGUAUCGGAAUCAUGAACUUAGGGCUACGGAGAGUGAUGGGAGUUUGCUUAUUGGAAGAUUGGUGUGA